AUGGCUGAUGAGAUUGCUGACCGCUAUGCGAAUUUGAAAAUUGAUGAGGAGGAUGGAGGUGUUGUUGAUUUGGGGGUUGUUGAUUCACAGCCUUCGAUGGACAAAUUUCACCUAGUUUUGAUUGGUAAAUUGAUAACAGAGAGACCGUAUAACGUCGAAGCGUUUAAAUCGACGAUGACAAAAGUUUGGGCGUUGAAUAACAAAUUAGUGAUUAGGGUUAUUGGCCCUAAUCUCUUUGCUUUCCAAUUCUUCCAUUGGAGAGAUAAGGAGAGAAUUUUAAAGGAAUGCCCAUGGUGCUUUGAUAAUAAAUUACUGGUGCUUAAGGAAAUUGAAGGGGAUGAACAGCCUGAAAAAGUCGCCCUGUUUCACUCACCUUUUUGGGUGAGAAUUAAGCACUUACCAUUUAACUGCCGUUCUGAUGAUGACGUUAGAGAAUUGGUGUCCAGUUGGGGUGAAGUGGUGGAAAUUGAAGAAGACAUUCUAGGUUUGGACCGAUUUAGGCGUGUUAAAUUGUUAAUUAAUAUCACGAGGAUUCGGGAUAAGAGUGGAAAGGUGGUGUGUGUGGAAUUUGCCUAUGAAAGGCUUCCUUUUUCUGCUUUGCUUGCGGUGUGA